GCAUUCACCGAAACCAAAGCAACAGUCGGAGGAGCUUUCAGAAUGACAGUACGCAGAAGUGAACAGUGCUUGUUCAUUGUACAGGGUCAUCCAGGCUUCUGUGCUCCAACGCAGCUUCCUUAGCUGGAUCAUGGGGUGCUAACUAUGAGAACUGCUGCCCAAUGGAAUACAGACGGCUGAAUUCAGGCAGCUGAGUCUCACUUGGAGGAAUCUAUCAUGCUUUUUGCACGGGGUGAUUUGAAAGAAGCCAGCUCCUGAAUGUAACGAUGCAAAAACACAUCAUCCAUGAAGAUCCUAUUACCUAGGAAGAACUUGGCAUCCUGCUGCAAAGGCUGCGUUGGGAUUUAUUUAUUCUUGGGAUGUUCAGCGUGUCUGGAAAAGAAUAAUGUUCCAAAAUCAGUCCAUCUCCCAAGGGGUCCAAUUUUUCUUCCCGGGUGUCAGCAAGCCCUGACUCACCACAGAGCAGCUGACAGGGGCUGUCAUGCUUGUGGCACCCUAAGCAAAAGCAAAAGACCUAAGGACGACCUUUGAAAACACAAAGGAUGGGUUUCAAUGUACUUAGGCUACUGAGCGGAUCAGCUGUAGCCCUGGUAAUAGCCCCUACUGUAUUACUGACAAUGCUUUCGUCUGCUGAACGUGGAUGCCCUAAGGGCUGUAGGUGUGAAGGCAAAAUGGUAUAUUGUGAAUCCCAGAAAUUGCAGGAGAUACCUUCAAGUAUAUCAGCUGGUUGUUUAGGUUUGUCUCUUCGAUAUAACAGCCUCCAGAAACUAAAAUACAAUCAAUUUAAAGGUCUUAAUCAACUCACCUGGCUCUACCUAGACCAUAACCACAUCAGCAAUAUUGAUGAAAAUGCUUUCAAUGGAAUACGCAGGCUAAAAGAGUUGAUUCUGAGUUCCAACAGAAUUGCCUAUUUUCUUAAUAAUACCUUCCGACCGGUGACAAAUCUCCGGAAUUUGGAUCUGUCAUAUAAUCAACUGCAGUCGCUAGGAUCUGAACAGUUCAGGGGCUUAAGGAAGCUGCUGAGUUUACAUUUGCGGUCGAAUUCCCUAAGAACAAUCCCUGUCCGAAUUUUCCAGGACUGCAGGAAUCUUGAACUCUUAGACCUGGGAUACAACAGGAUCCGAAGCUUAGCGAGAAAUGUCUUUGCAGGCAUGAUCAGACUGAAAGAGCUUCACCUGGAGCACAAUCAAUUUUCUAAGCUCAACUUGGCACUUUUUCCAAGGCUAGUCAGCCUGCAGAACCUUUAUUUACAGUGGAAUAAAAUCAGUGUUAUAGGACAAACGAUGUCCUGGACCUGGAGCUCAUUACAAAGACUUGAUUUAUCUGGCAACGAGAUAGAAGCUUUCAGUGGACCUAGUGUUUUCCAGUGUGUGCCCAAUUUGCAGCGCCUCAACCUGGAUUCUAACAAGCUCACGUUUAUUGGUCAAGAGAUUUUGGAUUCUUGGAUAUCUCUCAAUGACAUCAGCCUUGCUGGGAAUAUAUGGGAAUGCAGCAGAAACAUUUGCUCCCUAGUAAACUGGCUUAAAAGUUUCAAAGGGCUGAGGGAAAAUACAAUUAUCUGUGCUAGCCCCAAAGAGCUUCAAGGGGUGAAUGUUAUUGAUGCAGUGAAGAAUUUCAGUAUUUGUGGCAAAAGUACUACAGAGAGGUUUGAAUUGCCACGGGCCCUCCCUAAGCCAACCUUUAAACCCAAAGUCAUUAGGCCUAAGCAUGAUGGCAAGCCCGCUAUGCCCCCCACUGUUGGGUCCACCGAAGCCAGCUCAGAGCCCGAGCAUGAUGCAGAGCACAUCUCCUUCCACAAGAUCAUAGCAGGGAGUGUGGCCCUUUUUCUGUCAGUGCUGGUGAUCCUCCUGGUGAUCUACGUGUCAUGGAAGCGUUACCCUGCCAGCAUGAAGCAGCUGCAGCAACGCUCUCUCAUGCGAAGGCACCGGAAAAAGAAGCGACAGUCGCUGAAGCAGAUGACUCCAACAACACAGGAAUUUUAUGUCGACUAUAAGCCAACCAACACCGAGACCAGUGAGAUGCUGCUGAAUGGGACCGGACCUUGCACCUAUGGCAAAGCAGGCUCCAGGGAAUGUGAGAUCCCUUUAUCGAUGAAUGUGUCAACAUUUCUUGCAUAUGAUCAACCUACGAUAAGUUACUGUGGUGUGCAUCAUGAACUUCUUGCUCAUAAGCCCUAUGAAUCAAAUGCACAGGAAGAAACCAUGGAGACACACUUAGAAACUGAUCUGGAUCUCAGCACAAUCACAACAGCUGCGCGAAACCAGUGAUCACACCCAGCUGGCUUAUGUGGUCUGAAAAACAGUCCAGAGUUGCCACCAAUUUUUUUAUUUCUCAUGAAGGAUGACAUGAAGAUUUUCUUCUGUGAUGGAUUCCAAAAUACCUGAUCAAUUAUAAAAUAAAAUAAAAGAGUUCCACAUUCAGAUACA